GAUGGGAGCUCUAGAUCACAUCUCACAAUGGUGCAGCGUUAGUGCUACAACCGACAGCUUAGUAAGCCAUCGCAAACGAAAAGUCAUGCAGACGGUUGAGAUCAAGGUGAAGUUGGAUUGCGAUGGAUGUGAACGAAGGGUUAAAAACGCUGUUACUAACAUGAAAGGGGUUAAGACAGUGGAGGUUAACCGAAAACAAAAUCGAGUGACGGUAAGUGGAUACGUGGAACCAAACAAGGUCCUAAAGAAGGUGAGGAGUACCGGGAAGAAGAGGGCUAAGUUCUGGCCAUAUGUCCCUUACAAUGUGGUUUCUUUCCCUUAUGUUCAACAAGCAUAUGAUAGAAAAGCCCCUAACGGUUUUGUGAAAAACAUUGUCCACAUGCAUCCCGGUCCAAGCGAACCGGUUGAGCCGUUCACCACUAUGUUUAGCGAUGACAACCCUAAUGCUUGUACCAUAAUGUGAAUAUUUGUUUGUGUGAGUUAUUUAAUUUAAUAGUAUAUCAAUUAAGAGUGCUUU